UAAUACAGAAAUAUAAUACUGAUAAUAAACAACAAUAAUGAUUUUGAUAUAUGAGAGUGACACAUAAUAUUAAAUGAUUAUAUACCAUGAACGAAUUAUGAUAACAUUCACAUAUAAUUCCCACAAUCUGGAUGAGGGAUAAUGCUAAUAAUAGAAAUAAACAAUGAUAAACAGACAAGCAUUUCUAUUUGACAAAAUAGGUCUUAAACACGUAGCAGCUCUGAACUGGGACGGGGCAGUGUGGCGCCCUCUCGUGAUUCAGAUUCUGCUUGGCACCGAAGAAUCAGGCACUUUCCACGCAACUUACAGCGAGCAGAGAGUGGCACCCUCGUCACCUUGGUCGCUGGAAAACCUGGGGGCUUAUCAUGGAAAUGCCGGGGAAGCGCUCUCGGGAAGCAUCGGGAAGCCGUUCGGACAACUCUGGUGGAAUCACAUAAAGGCCUCCGUCAGCGAAAAGCCUAUCGUCUGGAAACCUCUCGAAGCGACCGGGAAGAGGAUCGUCUCCUUCGUCGUGAGAGUCAGGCCUUUGGACUACGAUCGAGCCGUCUCCUGCCCGCCCAUCGUGACAUCAGAACAGGAAUGGUCGUCCGUGGAAAUAAAAGCCGAUUUAGACCGCGGUUCAGGAUCUCGUCUUACCUACUACUGCCCAGAUUCUGAAGCACCCGAAGGAACCUCAGAAUCGCCCACCGCUCCUUCGGGAAAAAUCUACUGCAGGAGGGACGCGAAGGGAACUCUAGCAUGGCGUCCUGUGUUGGAUCAUCCGUGCGUGUUCCGGUGUCCCGAGAACUACACGGAGACAGACGAAGGCAAGUCUUGCGUCCGCUUCGUAGAUUCCGAGACAGAGCUGGGGAUUUUCGGCGCCGCGCUUGUGUGCGAAGCAGAAGGGGCAUCCCUGGCACCCAUCCAGAGUCUGAAGGAACUCACGCCCAUCACGACGGACCGGUUGUACUACACCGCCCACGUCUGGUCUUCUGGAUCUCUCAAGCCGCCACUCCCUCCCGAGCUCUCGUGUCAACCUCUCCCUGACUGUAAGGUAAAUGAUGAUAAAGAUGAAAAGGACAUUUAUGAUAUCAAUGGAUAAACAUUUGGUGAAAAGGCAGCACGAGGUUAGUUAUAUGAUAUAAUGUAUGCUUUAGAGGAUAUGUUUAUUUUAUGCAGGGGACUAGACGUAUUCCACGGUGAUAGAAAGGGUUAAUUUGAUAAAAAUAUGAAUAAAGAAAUUAUAACAAUAUAAGCCCAAUAAAUAUC